ACCGAAACGUAGGUCCAUUCUGUUCUGUCCCUUUCUCAAGUAUCAUUGUCUUCUUUAGACCAGUGGCCUUUGGUUCAAUAUCUUAGUCAUCAAUUAUUUUGAAAAAUAAACGGUAAACGAUAAAAGAAAACCAAAAAAAUACCAAAUCAGCCUCAAAAUAUAAGCGCUUGAGGCCACAUGUUUGUCUCAGCGAAUUUUGUACACAGGAUGCUGAGAUCCAUGCCAUCCAUUCAUUCCACUGCUUGCUUAACACCACGCAGUGCUAGCUUACAAAACCCUGCAACGACUAAUUUCACUCGUUCUGGGCCAAAACCAAGCGCUUGUGUUUUUUAUUUUUUUUUAUUUUUAUCAAAUUGUGUUAUUCAAGUUUACAGUCGGAUUAAGCAACCACAAUCCAAAAAUUAAUUAACACGAAACCGGAAAGAAACGCAGUCAUCUUUCAGUUUUGUAUUCAUGCAACGUUUAAACACUUAAGUUCUCCCUCUCUUGCUUGCUUUCCAAUCCCACAAACUAAGAUGAUGCAGGGCACUGCGCUUGCUCUGUCACCUUCCACCUCAUUUCUCAAACCUCCGAGUCGAAACUCUAUCCCUAAACCCUCUCAACUUUCGGCCUCAACGUCUUUGAUACAACUUGACAAUCUCACUUGUGUCCGUAGGCUCUCAUGGCAAACACUUUUUUACACAUUUUCUUCUUCAUCUUCUUCUUUUCCGAGCUUCAAUAAAAUCUCUGCUUCCUUCCUUUUCUCGAGUCGAAGAUAUGAUAAUUUGAAGGUAAGGGCUGCUCCUGAGAGUGCUGAAGAUGCUUCGAAUCCGAGGGGGAUGGUUAAGACUUUGCAGCUUGGUGCUUUGUUUGGAAUUUGGUACCUUUUGAAUAUUUACUUCAACAUCUACAACAAACAGGUUCUGAAAGUCUAUCCGUUUCCAGCAACGGUUACAGCGUUUCAGUUUGGCUGCGGGACUCUGAUGAUUUUGUUGAUGUGGGGUUUUAACCUCUACCCCAGGCCAAACUUCACUCGCUCACAGCUUGGAGCAAUUGUACCGCUGGCUGUGGCACACACAAUGGGCAACCUAUUGACCAACAUCAGUAUUGGGAGAGUUGCCGUUUCCUUCACUCACACAAUCAAAGCCAUGGAGCCCUUCUUCACGGUCCUGUUCUCUGCCCUCUUACUUGCAGAGAGGCCGACUGUCUGGGUGGUUUCUUCUCUUGUGCCAAUUGUAGGUGGAGUGGCAUUGGCAUCCUUCACCGAGGCCUCUUUUAAUUGGAUUGGUUUCGGCAGCGCAAUGGCCUCUAAUCUUACUAACCAAUCGCGUAAUGUACUCAGCAAGAAGCUCAUGGUUAAGAAAGAGGAAUCUUUGGACAAUAUCAAUCUCUUCUCAGUGAUAACUAUCAUUUCCUUCAUCCUGUUGGUUCCUUCAGCGAUUCUGUUGGAAGGCGUUAAAUUUACUCCUGCAUACCUGCAUUCAGCUGCAAGCCAAGGAUUGAAUAUCAGAGAGUUAUGCGUGAGAUCACUUCUGGCUGGGUUCUGCUUCCAUACUUAUCAGCAGGUGUCUUAUAAGAUACUGGAGAUGGUAUCGCCGGUGACUCACGCAGUAGGGAACUGUGUGAAGCGUGUGGUGGUGAUUGUCUCCUCAGUCAUCUUCUUCCAAAUACCCGUCUCACCCAUAAAUUCUCUCGGGACUGGUCUGGCUCUUGCUGGAGUCUUCUUGUAUUCAAGAGCCAAGAGAAUAAAGCCAAAGCCCAAUUAAUCUUUGCAUAAAUUAUACAAGUGUAAUGAAUAAAAAAAGCAAAACAAAAACCAUCAACUGUAAAGAUCAUUAGUUCCGUGUCAUCAUCAUCGUGUACUUGUAUUGUAUGCAAAAGAUAUAUAUAUUGGAGGGAUGAGUUCGAGUGCAGACGUAAAUGCUCUUAACCACUGCAAAGAUCAUUAGUUCUGUCA